AUGGUUUCCAAGACGAUCAUCUUCGCUCUCGCAGCAGCUACUUCUGUUGCCGCACACGGCAAGGUUGCACAGGUCACUGGUGAUCUCGGUGGCAAUGGCACUGCUCUCGCUAUUCAGGGUGGCGUUGUUCCCGGCCCCGGCCCCAACCGCAAGACUGAGCUCGACACUACUGUCUUCAAGAGCAAGAACAUCAUGACCGACGGCAUGGGCAAGACCACCGGUGGCGGCAAGGUCCAGGCUGCCGAUAUCUCCCAGGCCAUGGCUCUGUCCGGCGACACCCUCCCGCAGGUCUCCUCCACUGGCGGCAGCAUCUCCGGCACCUUCCACGUCGUCACCACCGACGGUGCCGGUCCUCUCCGCGCCGUUCUGGACUCCACCGGUACCGGCGCGUUCUCCCAAGGCACUGAGCUUACGGUCACUCAGCAAGUUCCCGGCAAGAACGGUAACAUCAGGCCCAAUGGCCAGGUUCCUGGCGGCAAGCGUUCCCUCUGGGAGCGGGCCAUGAGCGUCAUUGAGAAGCGUGCUUCCAACGUCAACAAGGACUUCCCCAUGGCUUUCUCCGUGCCCGCUGGUACCACCUGCACUGGUACCAUGGGUGGUCAGAGCAACGUCUGCUUGGUCAAGAUUGCCAACAACAACGGCGCCGGCCCCUUCGGAGGUGUUGUGCCCAUCCAGAUUGCCCCUGGCGGUGCCGCCACCAACUCUACCCCGGCCGCUGCUCCGGCCGCCAAGCGCGAGGUCGAGUUCCAGGCAUAA